CGCGAGACAAGCACACGAACAUGGCAGAGGAAGCUCCAGCAGCCGCGCCGGCCAAAGCCCCGGCCAAGUCCCCGAAGAAGAAGUCUGCUCCCCGGACCAAGAAGGAGGGACCCAGCCUCCCCAAGCUCAUCGUGGCCGCUGUGGCCGAGUCCAAGGAGCGGAAGGGGGUGUCUCUGGCGGCGCUCAAGAAGGUGCUGGCCGGGAAAGGGGUGGACGUGAGCAAAGCCAACAAGCGCAUCAACACCGCCGUCACCAAGCUGGUCACUAAAGGCACCCUGAGCCAGACUAAAGGAACGGGGGCCUCCGGUUCCUUCAAACUCGCCAAGAAGGAGCCCAAAGCCGCCAAACCAGCCAAGAAGGUGGUGAAGAAGAAGGCUCCCGCCAAAGCCAAGAAGCCCACCGCGACCAAGAAACCCACCGCGGCCAAGAAGACCACCGCGGCCAAGAAACCCGCCGCUAAGAAGGCUGCAGCCAAGAAGUCCCACAAGAAGGCUCCGGCCAAGAAGGCCGUGAAAAAGGUGGCGCCCGCCAAGAAGAGCCCCAAGAAGCCCGCUGCUAAGAAGCCAAAGGCCACAAAGAAGCCCGCUGCCAAGAAAGCUGCCGCAAAGAAGCCCGCAGCCAAGAAGGCCAAGAAGUAAACCUCAUCAUCCACAACCUCACCCACCCAAAGGCUCUUCUCAGAGCCACCACCCUCCCAUCUGACAUGAUUCCUCACACGAAAUAUCUUCUCUCUCAUCAUCACUCACCUGUUACUGAUCACUAGAUAAUAGAGAUGGGAUUUAUGGGUCUUUGAA